AUGGCUGCCACCAAGACCCCCCAGAUCACCGUCCUUGGGUCUCUCAAUAUCGACCUGACAUCCUACGUCCCCCACCACCCCCUGCCGGGCGAGACCCUCACCUCAAACUCUGUCGUCAUCUCCCCUGGAGGCAAGGGCGCGAACCAGGCCGUCGCCUGCGCCAAGCUCUCCCGCUCCCGCGAGAGCCCCAACGAUGCCGCCUCCGAAUCGGCUGCCGUUUCCAUGAUCGGUGCCGUCGGUGAUGACUCGUAUGGCUCCCUUCUGCUCAAGAACCUCGGCGAACACGGCAUCAGCACCGACCGCAUCGCUGUCGGCAAUGACCUCAAGACCGGCAUGGCCAUCAUCGUCGUCGACGAGCCCACCGGCCAAAACCGCAUCAUCCUCGCUCCCGAGGCCAACUAUACCGUCACCCCCGAGAAGUUCGGCUCCCUCCCCCAGACCCUCGACCCGAAGCCCGACCUGCUCGUCAUGCAGCUUGAGGUGCCUCUCGAGACCGUCCUGGCUGCCCUUCGCUCCGCCAAGGCUGCCUCCGUCCCCGUCCUUCUCAACCCGGCUCCCGCUCAACGCCUCCCUGAUGAGGCCUACGACGGCCUCUCCCAUCUGGUUGUCAACGAGACCGAAGCUGCCAUCCUCUCCGGCUGCAAGGAGUCCGAUCUGGACACCCCCGAGGGCCUUAAGAGUGUCGGCGAGUGGUUCAUCGCUAAAAAGGUCCAGAAUGUUGUCGUCACACUUGGCGGCCGCGGUGUCUACUAUGUGAACAAGGAUGGUGCUGCCGAGCUUAUUCCCGCCGAGAAGGCCAAGGUUGUCGACACCACUGCCGCUGGUGACACCUUUGUCGGUUCUUACUGCGUCUCUGCCGUUGCUGCCCAGGCCAAGGGUGAGACCUUUGAUAUUGCCCAGAGCAUCCGGAAGGCCAACCAUGCCGCGGCCAAGACCGUCGAACGCAAGGGCGCUCAAACUUCCAUCCCCUGGAGAGAUGAGCUCCAAUAA